AUGUUGAUUUUAACUUUAAAAAAUAUAGUUACUUACGUAAUAUUAAAGGAAAUUAAACACUUCUAUACAAGUUGGCAAUCGUGUACAAUAUUGUGAAUGCUGAUCACCCCUCAAUUUAUGAAGUGGAAUUCUCGGUCUCUAAUCAGUAUAUAAAAGAAUUGAUAAGAAUGAGCGAGUCUCAAUCGAAGAAAGUCAAGAUGAGCUCAUUGGCGCAGUUAAAAGAAAUUACAACGAUCGUCGCCGAUACCGGUGACUUUCAAGCUAUGGAACAAUUUAAACCAAUAGAUGCAACUACGAAUCCUUCGUUGAUCCUUGCUGCAGCCAAUCAAAAAAAAUAUGCUCACUUAAUAGAUAAAGCUGUACAAUAUGGAAAAAAGUCUGGAUCGUAAGUACAUGUUAUGAUAUUAAGAGAGCAAAAUAAAAAUAUAAAUAUUAUAGUAAAUAUUUUUAAUAAACAUUUUAUUAUUAUUUAGAUACAUAAUUGUUUAA